GUUAGAGGCUAGGGAGUUUCCAGAGCGGACAGCUUUCGAUCUGAUGGAAGACGUACGAAGGGAAAUAAGAGGUGUGCAGCUAAGAAAUACGGUCUGCUACACUGAGAACUUUUUCCGGAUUUCUAAAUUGUAACUCGGAGUCAGCACCUACUGCUGGCUGAACAGGGUGAGCAGGGCUGAGACCGGAGGCUGCACUCAGAAGGUCGAUGUUUCUUUAUUUGCAAGUGCCUUUAGCAUUUCGGUCCAGCGAAGUUGGUGAUAGAAGGGAGACCAAUGCCGAUCCAAAGCAGCAAGGUGGCAGAUGAAGGGACUGCAAACUCGGCAAAGGCGAGAGAUGACUGCAGAGCUCUUGUGGACUCUCUGAACAAGGUAACGGGAUGCUACAAGCACCUGGCUAUUGGUGUAGGGGGCUCGUCGGACUGCACCAGUCUGAGGGAUGAGUUAAGGAAAACAAGGGAGAAAACCCAGGACCUGGCGGUGGUCAUCAGGAACAAGCUAACGGCGGUGCUUCGGGAUAAGAACCUGAGCAAGGUGGAGCGAGAUGAGAUGGAGCGCCUCUGGGUCAUCUUCUCCUCUAACCUGGAGACCUUUCAGAUGGACAUGUGCAAAGUGUUAGAGCUGGGCCAGGGCUUCCCUCUGUCGGGAACCGAGAAACCCUUGAUCCAGACCGGGAUGUCUGGGGGGACCUCGGAGGUGGCAGCCCGGGCUCUGAGCGUCCAGAACAUAGUUCAUGACACGACCAUGAACGUGGAGAACCUGGAGCUAGAGGAGCUGGAGGAGCAGAUUGAGAAGGUGGACAGGAUGAUGGAGAACAUGGAGAUGAAGGUCAAUGUCCUCAGGUGGACCGUGGAAGCCAAGGGAGACACGUACCAUUCCGUGCUCAGCAACGACGCCUCCUCGGUAGCCCUACUAGCAGAGGAAGAGGUGCGGGGCAGGCAAUGCUGUGACCGUGAGAAGUGUCUUAUGUCCGUGCUGUUUUGCACGGUGGCUCUGAUUGCUGUCGUAUUAUCGGUCUGCGUUGUGAACCUUGCAUGAUCGCUCGACCCCCACCCAUCCGUGGAGCACAGGGAGGCUGCGGGUCGUCCCACUGACUUUGCAAUUCACUGUUUACACAUAAAAGAAAGCCAAGGCUUCGACUGUUUGUUAGGUAUCCGGCAGUGAGUUGAAGACCUGAUAAACAUGGCAAAGAUUUUUUUAAGUUUUCUUAAUACGUAUGCCAAAAAAAACUGAUCUGUGUAAGGACUAUAGAUGUUGUGAUUGGUCCUCCCCUUGUACAACUUUGCUGUGAUGUGAGUUACAUUUCAUUGACAACUGAGCUCAAUUUAAAAAUGACAAAGGUAAAAAUAACAAUCUUUAAAUAUUGCUUUUCUAGGUUUUACCAGGAGCAAUGGAAAAUAAAGUUUAAAAAUAGAAACCAGUUUGGGGAGGAGUGGAUUUUUUAAAAAAGUGUUGAUUCAAUUGUUUGCAUAGGAAGAGACUAAUAAUAAUCAAAAUGAAUUUAGAUGCUGAAGAAAUGUUUGAUAUUUAUCACUUUGAAAGGUAUGACAGAUACAUUUGGUUUGUGAUUGUUUUUGAGGUCAAGCUGUUAUUAAUAAUUCAUCCUUUUUUGCAAUAAUUACUGAUUUAAAGUAAGCAACUUAAAUAUCACAGCAAAGUGGAAAUUUUGAACAGUACAACCUACUUAGUAGAUAAUUUGAAUUGAGGAAAUUUGAAUGAAAAGGAGUAGACUGCGCUAAUACAAAUCAAAAGUAUGCAUAUUAAAAUGUUUUAAAAUAUCCAUGAAAUAGAAUGACUAAAGGAUUGAUUCCACAUGGAGCUUCCUUUGUAAAUACCAUUUUUGUACCAUA